CGGCUGAAGAAAAGGUGGAACUCACCGAUGUACGCGUUCUAUCAUGAGCCCACCAUCGAAUAUGUCGGCCCGACAGCUCGCCGUGCGCUAACCUUCAGGUGCGCGGCGCGCGGCUGUGACGUCUCGGUGAACCGAUUCCUCGACAAGAAGGACCAGGCGUCCACCAGCAACUUGCAACGCCACGCGAAGCGCUGCUGGGGGCAUGACGCGGUGCGCGAGGCCAAGAAUGCGAAGAACGUUGAUGAAGUCCGCGAUAAGAUCGUUGGAUCACUCCUGCGCGAUGGGUCAAUCACCGAGGCGUUCGAGCGCAAGACGGGCACGGUCACUUACAGCCAUCGCGCCCAUACCCAUCGCGCGCUGCUGUCGUUGCUGAAGACGGGCCGCCCCGGGUACUUCGUGCCAUCGCCAUCGACGGUAUCGCGCGAUUUGAAGGUCGUCUUCGCGCGAACGCGCAAUCGCAUCGCGAAGGUUCUGCAGGAGUAUGAAGGCGACCUUCACUUCGCAUCGGACGAGUGGUCGGCGCCGAACCACCGGGCAUUCAUGGCGAUAACGGUCCACUUUGUGGUCGAUGGCAAGCCUGUGUGCCUGCUCCUCGACUUCAUCGAGGUUGCGUGGGCGCAUAGCGGUGUGAACUUGGCAAGUGCGUUCGCCGGGGUGCUGAAAGAGUUUGGCAUCGCAGAGAAGGUGAGAUAA